AUGGCGAACGAAAUUACAGAUGAAAAUAAUCAGAAUUUAUCUGAGGAAGAAACGGAAGAAAUAAACGGCAAUGAAGAUGGAGAGGAAGAUGAAUCCCAGUUUGAUGAUCCUGAAGGGUUUGUGGACACGAUCAGCGAUAAGGGUUAGUUUAAAUAAAAUAUUAUGGCUGGUUGACUGACUGCAAUAAAGCCACGUGUAAUGUAGAUUUGUGCUAGAAAAUGGUUGAAAGUUAGCUUAAAGUGCCGUUGAUGUCGUUGUGUUUGAAAUUAGUGGUGUUUUAUAUCGAAACUGGUGUAAUAUGUGUGUUCUGGGUUGAAAAAUAGUUGUAAUAGCUGGCAGGUUAAUUAAUAGUUCAUUGCAAAAUUUUGAUCAAGUUAAAACAUGUGAGAGUAUUCUUAAUUUUGUAAUUAAUGUAUUCAGUUGGUAUUUAUGGGGCUAUAUGUAAGUCGGCGUUGUUGCAGAGAGGUAGGAUGGCUCGCAUUUAGCGUAUGGUCAUUUUGUUGCUGGUAAUCGAUUGUUCCAGGGUGGUCGCCCCUAACUGGAAAGUUUGAAAAUUGCACAGCCAAGGUUUCGAAAAUUUAAUUGUGAAUAUAUAGAAAGCGUCAAAAUUGUGCGCCCGAUAUCUCGGUUGUGCGAUACAAACUUUCCACACUGGGGUGGUGCUAGCUCUGAAUCUAUGAUUAUGAAAUGUUCCAGUAACUGAAUUGUUUGCAUCCAAGAAUGACCAGUAGCAGAAAAAUGGUGUGAAACCACCAUUGUUUUUGUCUACAAGCUUUCGUUGGUAGGGAUACAACUUCCUAAAAAUAUAUAAGGACAAAUUUCGACGUUUCGAGUGAAGGCCCCCCGUCUGGAGUUACUAGCGGGGGUCGGGAAAAUUACAUGAGCCUUUAUACUAAGAAUAUAAAAGCGAUCACAUGACAAAAAAACCAAUCAGAUGGAUUAAGUUGAAACAAAGUAUAAACAAAAAAUGUAAAUCACAUUGGGUCAUUCCAGAAAAGAUCCACACUCCCCCACGGAGGAAAUUUCUGCCGUACGGAGGGAAGAAAAAAUUGUUUCUGAUAAUAGUAAAUGUAUUAGGACAUCCGGGGGUAGGGGGGUUAUUAAAACUUCCAAUUUCCUCCGUGGGGGUGGUAUGGAUGUUUUCUGGAAUAACCCAUUACAGAAUAUAUUAAUACAAUUAUACAGAAAACACAGUAAAUACAGCAAAAUAUAUGAAACAUUUAUGGUAUAAGGUAUCCUUGGAUGAGUGUGGUAAACUUUAGCAUGCUUUAAGUUUCAUAUUUUUCACUUCAGAUUUACUUGGCGAUGUCCUAGCAAAACGUCCUUCACCUGAAGAUGGCAUCGACUCGUUAAUUGUUGUUGAUAAUGUUCCAGUCGUUGGGCAAGAUAGGCUGGACAAGUUGAAGAACGUUAUAAAAAAAGUAUUUUCUAAGUUUGGAAAAAUUGUGAAUGAAUUUUAUCCCGAAGAGAAUGGAAAAACAAAAGG